GACCGGGCAGCGAUUGGUCGAAACUCUCGACUUCCCAUGCAGCGCCUUCGAGGCCGUGCGCUCGGCGCGGUUGCGCUCCUCACGCUGCAGACGUCGCACUCUGUGUGCGAGCCCGCACCGGUGGCCAAGUUUGCCGACAAGAAAGACGCCGCCGUCAAAGACGUCCCGCCCAAGGCCUCGGGCUGGCUACCGUCCAUCUCGGGGCUCUGGAGCUACUACUGGCCCAGCGCCGACGAUGCCCACUUCGCCAAGUACGGGCCGUCAAGCGACCAAGUGGGCUUGAUGUCGUGGCCGACGCUGCAAGCGGGUUUAAAGAAGCGUGCAGAUGACGAAGUCGCCCUCCGCGCUCUGACCAACGAAGCGAUCGCUGCAACCAAGGCCAACGACGUGGCGACAAUGAACGCGCUCCGCGCCCGCAUCACGGUGAUUGCAUACGGCGACGGCGUCACACCCGAGGCGCGCCAGGCGCACUUGGAAAAGUACGGCUGCGUCAUGUACACGGACGCAGCGCUGGAUGCGAUUGCGACAGCGGCGCGUCACACCCGCGGGAUCAUCGAGCUCGGCGCUGGAAAUGGUCAGUGGGCCAAGCAGCUCCGCGCCGCCAAGGGCCUCGACGUCCUCGCCUUUGACAACAUGGCCGCGCUGCCAUUGAACCCCGCUUUCUUCCGCAACACGACGCUCAACAUGGAGUUUUGUGCGGCCGACGUCAUGAAGGGCGACGCCGGCAUCUUCACCUCGAGCCUCGCACCCAAGCUCCACGGCCGCGCGCUCCUCAUCGUGUUUCCGGAUCCGGGGCCCAUGGCGCGGCGCUGUGUCGAGGCGUACGCCAAGAGCAGCAGCGAAAACAACGUGUUUAUCUACGUGGGCGAAGGCCGGGGUGGCGCCAACGGCGACGACGCUUUCUUUGAUGUGCUCGAGCGCGACUGGGUGCUUGAGCAUUCGAUGAGCCUCCCGUCGUUCUCCAAGAAAGGCUACGAGCGCCUCUUUGUCUUUACCAAGCGAGCGUCCGCGUAGAGUACAAUAGAACCAUCAAGCACACGUUGUCAUUUCGAUACAUGGCCCUGUAGAGCAC